AGCUGUUUCUUAUUUUUUAGCGAUAGCUUCUAAUGAUUAUAUUGUGUCACACGUCGAAAAAUAAGCAUUAGAACGAAUCAGUUAGUUGGGUGGAUUAGUUUGCAAAAGAAGCAUGUCGACGGGAAUACUUGCCGGGAAAGUGGCUCUCGUAACGGGUGCUGGAUCUGGAAUUGGGCGUGCCACUUGCCGACUUUUGGCCCGUGAUGGUGCAAAAGUGAUAGCCGCCGAUUGCAAUAUCCAGGCUGCCCAGGAAACGGCCAAGGAGUUGGGUGCCGAAAACUCGGCCGCCUUAGAAGUGAACGUCGCCUCGUCCCAGAGCGUCCAAUCAGCUGUGGCCGAGGCCCUGAAGAAAUUCCAACAGGCCCCCAGCAUUGUGGUUAACUCGGCUGGCAUAACCCGGGAUGGUUAUCUCUUGAAAAUGCCUGAAAAGGACUAUGACGAUGUGUACAGUGUGAAUUUGAAGGGAACGUUUCUGAUAACCCAGUACUUUGCCAAGGCCAUGAUUGAACAGAAUGUGAAAAACGGUAGCAUCGUUAAUCUAUCGAGUAUUGUGGCCAAAAUGAAUAAUAUUGGCCAGGCCAAUUAUGCGGCCACCAAGGCGGGUGUGAUCUCCUUCACCGAAGUCGCCUCCAAAGAGUUUGGCAAGUUUGGUAUUCGUGUCAAUUGCAUCCUCCCGGGAUAUAUCGAUACACCGAUGGUGGCCGUGGUGCCGGCGGCCAUCAAGGAGCAGGUCAUGCAAAAGUGUCCUUUGGGCAGGCUGGGUCAGCCGGAGGAAAUAGCCGAGGUCAUUGCCUUUUUGGCUUCUUCCAAGUCCUCGUACAUUAAUGGUGCUGCCAUCGAUGUCACCGGGGGACUAACAUAAGAAGUUCCUAUCCCCCUUUUUUUUUUUGGGAAAAUUUACCUUUUUUUUUUUGUAGCCAGGACAUUGCAUUUAUUCGUGAAACUAUCCUGUGAAAAUAUGUAUAUUUUUU